GUGAGUCCGCGGCUCCCGGCUCCUGAGCAGCAGCCGCCGUCGCCUCGCCUCCGCUCCUCAAUCCUGCGCCCGAGCCUGGAGGAGCAGGGGUCGGAGGAGCGGGCGAGGCCUCUGCCUUCGUCACCCCCGUAGGUAAGAUCUUUGGAUGUGACUAGACAAGAUUCCCACCACAGAUCCUUUUGGCUUAUGGAAAAGAAAUAUGAGGAGGAACUUUCAUUCUCACUUCUGGAUUAAGGAACAAAGGAAAACUGGGAAGAUCAAGGAAAGUCUUAAAAAUUGGAAGAAUCUUUUUAGAAAACAUAGCUGCAAGAAGCUUAACUGAAAUUAACUGCUUCCUUGCGAAUUGGGAAAAUUUCAUUCAUCAUUUUGGUAUAAACUGCAAAAUAAAUCAUGCCAGCUUUAUCAACUGGAGCUGGAAGUGACACAGGUCUGUAUGAGCUGCUGACUGCCCUGCCAGCCCAGCUGCAGCCACAUGUGGACAGCCAGGAAGACCUAACCUUCCUCUGGGAUAUGUUUGGUGAAAAAAGCCUUCAUUCACUGGUGAAGAUUCAUGAAAAGUUACACUACUAUGAGAAACAGAAUCCUGAGCCCAUCCUGCAUGGUGCAGCAGCAUUGGCAGAUGAUCUAGCUGAGGAGUUGCAGAACAAGCAAUUGAACAGUGAGAUCCGAGAGCUGCUGAAAUUACUGUCAAAACCCAAUCUCAAGGCUUUACUCUCUGUACAUGACACUGUGGCCCAAAAGAAUUAUGAUCCUGUAUUACCUCCUAUGCCUGAUGAUAUUGAUGAUGAGGAAGAUUCAGUAAAAAUAAUCAGAUUGGUCAAAAACAGAGAACCACUGGGAGCUACCAUUAAAAAGGAUGAGCAUACCGGAGCAAUCAUUGUGGCUAGAAUUAUGAGAGGAGGAGCUGCAGAUAGGAGUGGUCUUAUUCAUGUUGGUGAUGAACUCAGGGAAGUAAAUGGAAUUCCAGUAGAAGAUAAGAGACCUGAGGAAAUAAUACAGAUUUUGGCUCAGUCUCAGGGUGCAAUUACAUUUAAAAUUAUACCCAGCAUCAAAGAGGAUGUACCAUCUAAAGAAGGCAAGAUGUAUAUCAAAGCCCUAUUUGAUUAUGAUCCUUAUGAAGAUAAAGCAAUUCCAUGUAAAGAAGCUGGGCUUUCUUUCAAAAAGGGAGAUAUCCUUCAGAUUAUGAGCCAGGAUGAUGCAACUUGGUGGCAAGCCAAACAUGAAGGUGAUGCUAAUCCCAGAGCAGGCUUGAUCCCUUCAAAACAUUUCCAGGAAAGGAGAUUUGCAGUAAGGCAACCAGAAGUAUUAGUUCAGCCCCUGAAAGUUUCCAACUGGAAAUCAUCUGGUUUUCGAAGAAGUUUUCGUCUUAGUAGAAAAGAUAAGAAGACAAACAAGUCUAUGUAUGAAUGCAAGAAGAGUGAUCAAUAUGAUACAGCUGAUGUCCCAACAUAUGAAGAAGUUUCACCCUAUCGGCGACAAAAUAAUGAGAAAUACAGACUAGUUGUUUUGGUUGGGCCUGUGGGAGUAGGAUUAAAUGAACUGAAAAGAAAGUUACUGAUUAGCGAUACACAGCAUUAUGGUGUGACAGUGCCACACACUACCAGAGCAAGAAGAAGCCAAGAAAGUGAUGGUGUUGAAUAUAUUUUCAUUUCCAAGCAUUUGUUUGAGACAGAUGUACAAAAUAAUAAGUUUAUUGAGUAUGGAGAAUAUAAAAACAACUACUAUGGCACAAGUAUAGAUUCUGUUCGCUCUGUUCUGGCUAAAAACAAAGUUUGUCUGUUGGAUGUUCAACCACAUACAGUGAAGCAUUUAAGAACACUAGAAUUUAAACCAUUUGUUAUAUUUAUAAAACCCCCAUCCAUUGAGCGUCUGAGAGAGACCAGAAGAAAUGCAAAGAUUAUUUCAAGUCGAGAUGACCAAGGAACGGCAAAGCCCUUUACAGAAGACGACUUUCAAGAAAUGAUUAAAUCUUCACAGAUAAUGGAAAGUCAAUAUGGCCAUCUUUUUGACAAAAUCAUAGUGAAUGAUGAUCUCACUGUGGCUUACAAUGAGCUGAAAGCAACUUUUGACAAAUUGGAGACAGACACAUAUUGGGUUCCAGUGAGCUGGUUACAUUCAUAAGACUGAACAAGGUGUUUUAGAGUCAUCUUUUAAUAGGGUUUAUGAUUAGAAAGAAAGUAGUUGCCAUUUUGGUGAAAGGGUUUUUAAAUUCCUGUCACUGAUAGGUGGUUGUUUUUUAAAUCAAUAUCACUAUUGCAGUUGCAAUUUUGAUUAAGUUGAAUGCUGAUAUUAUUUUCUUCCUUAAAGUCCUUUACCAGACUUAAGGUGUGCAUAUAAGUUCUAAAUUUAAUUUAAAUGGAGUUUUGCCCAAUCCUCCGUUCUAAGCUAAGCUUCGAAACAUCUGGUUGUCUUUAAUAUAGCUAUAUAUCCACGAUGAGGUUUAAAUUUUUGUUUAAAAGAGAAGUCGCUAAAGACUUUAAUAUAUAUUGGAGAUCAGUGCUUCAAUAGUCUCAGAUGUGGUCACUGCCAUAAAGUUUGCAUGUUAGCAGUCGAAGGUAAUAUCAUUACUUUAAAUUGCAGUCCUUGAAACAAACAGGACAGCUUAAGGUUUUCUGGAUAGAUCAUCACAGUUUUAACUGGUCUGACUGUCAAGAUGGGUUCUCUUGCUAUCCCCUGAAAGUCUGAGGUUUUUUGGGUUCUUUUUUCUUUUUUUAAACCCAGACCAUAUAUUCACAGUGUGUAUAUUUAAACUUUUUCAUAAAUGAAUUGCCUGCUGAACUAUAAAAUGUAUUCUGAGAAGAACUUGCAUGCUGUGAACAGACUUUUACAUAUGUUUGUAGGUGGUAUAACAAAGGAAAAAUGAGUUUUUGUUUUAAUAUUACAUAUGGAACUUUACAAAAUUUUCCUUAUGGCUUUAACACUUUAUAAGUUAAGUAGUAUCUUAAGAUAAGUAACAACAAAACAACUUUUUAAAAAAAUCAUUGGCAAAAAAUUCUGGAGUCAUUUUUAAAAUAGAUUUAGUUGGUUACAGAUUUUCCAAUAAAUGAUAGAAAAGUAUUUAACAUUUAAAAACCAGAUAUACACAAGUUAUUGUUUCAAACACAGUAAAUAAGUGUUAUACUGAUUUAUUUAAAAUUAUGAGCAAUAUAUCACCAUGUGCUUUAAAAACACCCACUUCACUUAAAUUGUAAAACUUCACAUUUAAUUUUAGCUUUUAUUAUAUUAUUGAGACAAAGAUCCAUGUUUAAUAUUGACUAAACUCCAUUUCAACCUCCUUCAAUUUUCAUAAAAGUAAAUGAACAGACUGUGUUUAGACACAACAAUUAAAUGUGGUUUUUCCUUUUUUCCUGAUUUACCACUGAUAUGCAGAAAUUCAGUAAAAAGCUUUAACAUGCCUAUUAGUUACAUAAGUAAAUUUGCCCUGCAACUACAGAGUUCCGUAGACCUUGCUAACCAAAACCCAUCAUAUUUGUGAUAUUUGAAUAAGAAAUGAAUUAUUUUAUGUUCAUGUAUAAAGAAGAAUUUAGAUGUCUUGAUUAUAUAAAAAAAGAAUUUAGUGAAACUUUAUAUAUUUAUGAAAGGUUCAAAAGGGAUAGUAGGGUUUUUUAAUUCCUUGUCAGUAUAGUCAUUCAUAAAAUAGAUAUGUGAAAACACAAGUUGAAAUGGUGGUUUUGUAAAUCAGGCUCAACAUUCCAUGUAAAUAUUUGACCAUGGGUCAUACACAGGUGGAAAGAGCCACCAGUUUGUUAUUUUUUGAGUGCUCGUUGAAUAGCCUGGUUUCUCUAUGUAUUUGUUUCAGGCUUAUCAAGUGAAACCAGCAAAAUAUUAAAAACAGAAAUAUCCAAUAUUUUACUAGACUUGACACAUUGUUUCUCACCACAGAUAGCUAGAACACAAAUUUUCCUUAAAUCAUCACAAUGAUCAGUGAAUUCUCUGUCAAAUUUUUAUUACUUAUCUUUCUGUUCCAGACCCACAUAGCUACUAAGCCUGAUGCUGCUCAAGCUGCCCUGACAGCCUUUGAAAGAAAUAGGAGUUCUGGAUAAAUACUUUCUUUUUUGUACACUCAUGAAAAUGUCCUUUAUAUCAUGUGUAUUUGUAUAAAAUAUGUAUUAUUUAGGACUCUCACCUUCUUAACCAUCCCUCUCCUAAAAACAAACAACAAAAUUUGACCUGGAAUAUGCAGUGAGCUAAGGCAAUAUUUGAUUUUUCUGAAUGCCAUUGUCCAAAUAAUUGCCCUGAUUCUCCAAGUCAUUUUGUUUGUGGUUGAAGCUUUAAUUUGAUGCAUGUUCAGUCUUCUUGCUAUUGCUAAGAAAAUGUUCCAGAUUUUCCUGUUACUAUAAAUCUGAAGAAAAAAGUAGUUAUUUUUUUAUGGAUAAUUAAAUAAUAAUACCACAUACCCUAAAGAAUAUAUUCUGAUCUGUUUGAUUUUGGGGUCCGACCUAGGCAGUAUUUGUAUGUGAAGGCAGCCCAUUCCUACUAUUUUAAUGAGUAAAGAUGAUGGCAAUUUGAAAAGCUUUGCCCUUGGGGAAAAAAUGUCAGCUAAUGACAAUUAAGCACACUUACUUUUAGACCACAAUCCUAUAUCUUAAAAACAGCUUUAAUUAAAAUUUAAUCUGAAUUUGUUGGACCUAAGGAGAGCACAAGGGAUUUGCCGACAUCAUGUAGCAAGAGGCCGUUGAUUCUGUAUCUUGCCUCCUAACACGACAAUGGCUUUAUGAGCCUCACUGUAGCUCUUGGCAGUAGCUUAACAGACAUAUCCCAAUUCCCAGGCUGGAUUGUCAGCCAGCACGGAGAGCACGGGGAACAUUAAAUUUUUAAAAGUCUGUGCAUUAAAAAUCCAAGUUGGUAUAAAGACAAUCCAAGAGCAAGAUGGAAAAUCUACACUCCUCUGAUUGACAAGUUGAUACUAGUUGUUGUUGUUUUGAAGGAGAAGGAGGAAGUGGGAGGGAAUCUGAAGGAGGCACUAACAACUCCAGCGAAUUUUCAUUUUUCCUAGACGUUCUUUCCCUACAAUGUACACAUGACUGCAUGCUCUCGUUUCUAGGUUGGAAUAUGUAGCACUCAGAGUUCCUGCAGUAAAAAGUUGGCCACGAUUUUAUUCAUGCUUUUGAAAUAAAGUAUUUUGAAGAGAUUUACCUUAGUUAUUGAUUCACCAUGGUAGUCUAGAACGGGCUAUUGCUGGAGCCUUCCGCCAAUGUAGGAGAGCUUCUGCUGUCUGUGAGGCUGCCAUGACCAAAGCCACUCGUGGUCAGGGGAGCAGGACCUUCACUUUUCUGAUCCGCACUGCCGCUGUCAUAAAAGCCUCCCAAGAUAAAGACACUAUUAUUUAUUUCCGUUUUUCUUUUUGACUAGUAAGGCUUUAUCAGUAAAUACAAGAGAAGACUUAACGUUAAAGUAUAUGCGAUUCAGUUUGGGGUGUGUAGAGUUUUUUUGAGAACUGUCUGCCUAUCAGGAUCUCAUUGUACUUUGCUAAUUGCUCUAGCGGAACAGAUGUUCACAUUUUGUACUGUCGUAUCCGGCACCAUACUUGAACUUACCAUCAAUUUCUUAGUUGAUGCCAUGCCUGAAAUAUAAAUUUACUUUCUCUCACUGAAAAAUAAAUUAUUGACACAACA